CGAGAAUAGACGCAGCACGUGCGUCCGCCGCGACACACGCGUCGCGCCGGCCGCCACCGCACCGCCGCCGCAACGGCGGCAAAAAACACUACAAUAACAUAAGCAACCGCGUUGUGAUCUCUUGUGACUACCGACUAUCACAGUGUACCAAGCUUCUAAACUUCAGCAGUUUAACAAAAUAUAACCUAGAGAAGUUUACGUGCCGCUAUUGUAAUCGUGUCGUUAUCAUAGUGAAAGCUUAAUAGAGAUAUAUUUUCCGUUAUAAAUAGAGCGUCGUAUUUAGCGUUGUAGUGAUCGUGAUGGUAUUAGCCUUUUCAACAAAAUACUGUAACAAAGUGCCUUAAAGCAGUUUGAGCGUGUGUGUAUGUCAACGUGAGGUGCGCAAGAGUGACUCACCGACGAUGCGCGGCCUAAGCUUGGCUUUUUGCGCGCUGCUGAUGAUUCUUCGGGAAGCGACGACGGCGAGGAGAUCAGAAAGAUCCAACACAGUGAAAGCAUGGGCUGACCGGCUUGGCGAAGAAAUAUGGGAGCUAAAUGAAGCCUUGACAAAAGCUCAACAAAUUAAAGCAGAAUACCAGAAGAUGAACGCAAGCGUUAGAAGAAAAGACGGCAUGUCAAUAUUAGAAUCUUCACUAACCUCUGUUAGAAUGAUGCUAACGAAGAAAAUCAACGCUGUUAAGUGUAUCCACGCGACAGCUAUUCAGUUAGCGAAAAAAUUCCAAGAGGAAUAUAACGGGACGGUCGAUGAUGAAUUUCAAUACUGUUCCGCUAAAUAUUCGGUCUUCACGGCACUCGGAGAUGAUGUGGACAUUGCCAAUGACCCGGAUAAUAUGCCAAAAUUUACUAUUGAAAUGAAAGAUUUUUACGAAAAUGUAACUGUAGACCGUGAUUCCCACUUUUACAACAUACCAGUAAACACUGACAAAAGCUGCGUCCACGUUCCUACUAAUAUAUUUUUCCGAGAGGAUGAACCAAGAAAAGCUAUCCUUUGGACGAAGGAUCUCAAUGACAUAUUUACUAAAAAUUACAAUGCUGACCCGUCUUUGACGUGGCAAUAUUUUGGUAGUUCCCACGGCGUCUUGCGCUUUUUCCCGGCGAUGCGCUGGAACCAGCGCGGUACUGACAUCUACGACUGCCGCGUACAGUCCUGGUACAUCGAAGCCGCGACCUGCUCCAAAGACAUGAUCAUUCUCUUUGAUGUCUCGGGUUCUAUGACCGGAUUCAAGAACUAUGUAGCAAGAACAACUUUGAAAUCUUUAUUGGAUACUUUGUCUAACAAUGACUAUGUUAAUGUGUAUUAUUUCAAAAAUGUGACAGGGCAAGUGAUGAAUUGUUCUAAAGUCAAUUUCAAUGCAUCACAAGAUUUCUCAGUAGUUCAAGCUACAAAGGAAAACAUAGGAACAAUAUUGGAAAUUCUAACACCGACGGAAGACGGUAAAAAACAUAAGAUAGAAUUGGACGGCUACGCCAAUCUUACUGAAGCGUAUAUAAAAGCUUUUACCACAUUAACGGCUAGAAGAAUAGAAACGAACUGUAAUGUGGCAAGUACUGGAGGAUGUAACCAAAUGAUCAUGUUGAUCACAGAUUACGUUUCAGGCAACUUUUCAGACAUUUUUGAGCAAUACAAUCGCGAGGUAGUUAAUGGCAAAACGUACACUCCUGUUAGAGUAUUCACAUAUCUUAUUGGAAAAGAAGUGUCCAACGUCGAUGAAAUAAAAUCAAUGGCUUGUAAUAAUAGAGGUACUUUCGACCACAUUCACUCAGUGGAAGAAGUUCAGCAACAAGUGUUAAAGUACAUCAACGUGAUCGCUAAACCAAUGAUAUUGAAUGGUUCCGAACCUCCUCCAACCUGGACUCAUGCCAGUAUGGACAAGACGCGAACAAGGGAUUGGGAUGUGAGCCCCGAUGUGUCAGUUCCGGACGAGGAUAAACUAGUGACCUCUGUGGCGAUCCCUGCUUUCAUCGAAGAUGACGUUAACGCUACAUUGCUCGGAGUGGCUGGCACCGAUGUUCCUAUCGACAGUAUUGCAAAACUGGCAAAACCACAUCAGCUUGGCGUCAACGGUUACUCAUUUAUAGUCAGUAAUAACGGUUAUCUGCUACUUCAUCCACUUCUUAUAACUUCGAUCAACGGAGAACUCCAAGUGAACUACAACAGUGUCGAUUUCGUGGAAGUGGAACAAGUCGACGACGGGAAAGAUGCACGCGAGCUAGGGGACGAGAUACAAUGGCUACGCCAGAACCUCACAGAGGCAAGGCGUGGAAACAUGACCGAAGUUGAAGUGUUGUUUCACUACGAUGACAUGAGGAGGAUAGCGCGCGUCAAACACGACUAUUUCUUCAACGAACUGGAGGGGACACCUUUCUCGAUGGGCAUAUCUCUGCCAGAGGGUUACGGAGACACGGAACUCAUCCUGAAGGACAACCCUCUUGAAGCCUCGCAUGGACAAGAUCUUAUAGGAAUCAAUGUCACCCAAUUCUUCAAUUAUAGCUACAGAAUACAUCCUGAUUGGGUUUAUUGCAAAUAUCAUUACUUGGAGGGGCAUGAAUCAGAAACCCCCGAAAUAGAAAUAUGGAAGUUCUUAGUAAGAAUAUCAAAGAACGAUCUUAACAUUUCAAAAACUCAGUAUAAAAUUGAAUCGCAAGCUUUCGCAGUUGACUCGCACUGUGGAGACAAGAGAGAAACUCUCGACAAAGAUGAUUAUUAUUGCAACGAAGAUUUAGUAAAACAAUUAGUAUUUGACGCGAAAUUAUCAGCUCCAUACUUUAAAGACUGGAAAGACCACACCAAACGCGAAGCUUGGCUCGCGGAAAAAUACAAUGUCAGCGUACGAUUCAUUAUGACGUCCAGUGGUCUCAUAAGAUGGCAUUAUUUAAAUGAUGACGACAAGAAUGAAGUCGUAAAUGAGCAUGGAGAGCGAGGCGAAAAGAAAUAUGCUGGGAGUAAAAAUUUUGGAGACGAGUACCGCCUCGGAAUAGAAACGACACCUUAUAAAGCGGCCGUACUUCAACGCAAUCUGACUAAACUGCAUAACCGGGAGUCGCUUGUAGUGGCCACCCGUUUACCAAUAUUGGACGAAACUAUAAAGGAUCGACCUUCUGUCAAGAAUGAAGACGGCGACAUUACGAUCACCGCCAGUUAUGCCAUCUUCUAUAAAGAUUUGGGAAUUGAUACUCCUGCUUCCGUUGUGGGCUUCCAGUUCUCCUACAAACAUUUUUGGGACAGCUUUUUACAGAUCACCAAAUCGGCGGGUGGAAAGAGUUUAUCGUGCAACGGCGUUGAACAUGAUUGCUACGUCAUUGAUAGUUCCGGUUAUGUUGUUCUAUCAAAUAACUCUGAUGAGGUCGGACAGUUCUUUGGCAAAAUUCAUCCCUACGUGAUGCAGUCGUUUAUUGACAAACAAAUAUUCGAGCACGUUGAAGUGUUCAACUAUCAAGCCUUGUGCCCCGACUCAUUACAUCCUAAACCUAGCAGCUCUUGGGGGCUCACAACGCCAUUCACUUUACUAAAAUGGAUAUUAACUGAAUUUAUAAUACUACUGGGCGACAUCUAUAACUGGAAUCAGUAUGCCUACGGAAUGCCUGAGGACUUUGCAAGUACAACUACUGCUCCAGAAACGGGGAAAAAUGAAACAAUCCAAGUUGUAGACGAAGACGAGAAAUUAUUCUCUUGCGAUCAUCGCAUCAGACUAUACAUAAUGAACCAAACACAUUUCCUGAAGACGGCUGAAGAUCACCCAGUCACGUACGAAGAGAACCGAGGAGAGUGCAAUCCUCCUUAUUGGGCUUCAUACGUGCGGUACACCAAUUUAAUGUUAGUGGUGGUAGAGGACAUGGGAAUGUUUGAGUUUCAUAGCGAUUGCGAAAAGCCGAUAACGACGAAACCGAAUGCCACAGAAAAGUCUAUACAAAGUCGGGAGCCGUGCCAUAAGUUAGAAUUGGGCAAGCUCCCGCGACGCCGGUUGGAAGGCUGUUUUACGUAUCACGAAAAGGAAGCAAAUGCAUCAACAUGCAGUUUGGCCGCAAUGGACGUUGGCGCCCCGAAAUUCGUAGCCCUGGCAACUUUGCUGACUACCUUCGUGUGCGCGAUGCUUUGCUAAUAGACAACUUGUUACUUUGUUACUAGCGCAAAUAAAUGUUGUUGCAUUAUUA